AUGGCGGCGCCGACCCAGAUCACGAAGCUCCCAGAGGUACUCCGCAGUCCGAGCACGAUCCAGUAUUUCGCAUACAGGCACAAGGUCAAACAUUCGAAUCCGUACUUCAAGCCCCGGUUUACUUUUAAGCUCGAAGACAGACAACAUACUCUUCUGGCUGAGAACAAAUGGCGACAUACAGAUCCCCUGAUGCCGCCAUACCCUUACGGGGAGAACAUGCAUUUCCCCGAGGCGAACUUUGGUCUGUACGGGGGUGCCACGGUGCAGUCCGGGAGUAAGAUCUCCAAGGGCAGGAAUAAAGGCAAGACACUACGGCAUUGGUUUCCCAACGUGCGAGUCGAGACGGUCAGAAGUGAAGCCUUGGGAAGAGAGCUGAAGCUGCCCAUCACCGCCCGUGUCAUGAGGACGAUCAAGAAAUGCGGUGGCAUCGAUGCAUAUGUCACAGGCAUCAAGCCUGCGCGAAUAAAAGAGCUGGGGUUGCUAGGCUGGAAGCUCCGAUGGCUCGUCAUGACAUCUCCCAAAUACCGGGUCAAGCACGAACUGCAGCUGCAGAAAUACAACCUCCCGAAGCACUACUCCCUGGAAGGCACCUUUGAAGAUGCAUGGAACGACGAGAACGUGAGAACAAAGAUGAUCGAACAACAAGAGGCCGCGUGGCAGGAUUUGCGCCAGGCUGCUGAACGCUUCGAGAAGCAUGUUCAGAGAUACUGGGUCGACAACGGAGAAAAAGAGUCAUAUGAAAUUCCCAAGCUAGAAUCUCUCAACCGAGGGAGCCCCUACACUUUGAGUCUGCCGGAGCAAUUAGAGAAACCAGAUGUCGUUGAGGGGAGGUACAGGCGUGUCAGAACAUUCGAUGAGCAUUUAACCCCGGCGACACGAGCUCAGUUGGCAGCGGAGGAGCGUGGCUCGGAUACUGGAGGCCCUGCGGAGCCGAUCGGGGUACUGGAUGAUGUGUCCGCACGUGUCGAAGAUCGAAUUGAAGGGAUUACGAUGAGCAUGGAGGCCCAAGAUCUCGGGGUGGAUCCAACCGGAGACGACGCGCAAAGCAUGGAAAUGCGGCUUGAAGCAGUCAAGCAGAUGAUAAGGAAUCAUGUCCAGGAGAGUGAAGCUGAGGUAUCGACAGUGAAGGCCGACAAGGAGUUGGACGACAAAGCGGAGAUCUUGCUGGCAAAUACUGCCGAGGACCAUGUUGCCAAAAUCGAUCAAGAAGUUGUCGAGCGUAAUGCUGAGCAGCACCUUGAAGCGGCCCGAGAGGAAAUGAAGAAGGACAAAGGGCCUCGAAGAAAACGGACAAGUCAGAAGUCACCCUGA